CUGAACCUCAUCUUUGAAAUAUUCAUGCCGAGCCACCACACACAGACAGUAGAAGAGUCUGCUAACAUGGACGCUCGGGAAGAACUAAAAUGUCCUGUUUGUGUAGAGCCCUUCACAGACCCUGUACGCCUUCCAUGUGGACACAGCUUUUGUCGAACCUGCAUCCAAGUGGUCUGGAACAUGGAUGACCCAAAAACAUCCAGAGAAGGGCCAUUGUUCUGUCCGGAAUGUCAAAUCCUCCUUCCUCCUGAUCUUGAGCUUGAGAUCAACUCAGAUCUUCAAAGAAAAGUUCAGGAUGUCUUUGCAAGAGCACCUUUGCUGGAAGGAUCAUCUCAAAUGUCACCUGCUAUUAUCAUGUGUGAUCAGUGCAUUGGGAAGACCGAGGUGGCUGUGAAGAGCUGCCUCACCUGCGAUGCCUCUCUGUGCUCUGCUCACACCCUCCUGCACCAGCAGAGAGAGGCUUUAAGAGGACACUCUCUCAUCAAAGUAACCGAAGACUUGAUUUCCUUUAAGUGUAAGGAGCAUGGGGAGGAGCUGAAACUCUUCUGUCAGGAGGACCAGAUUGCUGUGUGUUGUCUGUGCAUUGCAGUUGGGUCACACAAAAACCAUCAAGCUGUUACGCUGCAAGAGGCAUGCAGAGAAUUUAAGAAGGUGUUGGAGUCCAACAAAUCACUUCUUCUACAGAGAAGACAUUUAUCUGAAUCUGCUAAGCAAGAUUUGGAGCCAUUAUUUUCAGAGGUAUCGAAAAAUGCAGAAGCAUACAGAGUCAGAAUAGUUGAGAAAUACAGACAGAUAAAAGCCCACAUUGAGGAGGAUCAGAAGCUGAUGUUGGCCAUUCUGGAAACAGAAGCGUUUUACACCAACAAGUGGCUGAGAUGGAGGAGUGAGUCACUGGAGUGUCAUCUUAAAGAUAUCAAUGCUGCCUUAAGAUCAAGCCAAACUCUCCUUGAGGAAGAAAAUGACAUUGUAUUUCUCAAGCAUUUCAAAAAACAUGGACUAGGUUCCCAGGUGGAAUUGCCACUUAUGUCUGUGAUAGAGCAUGAGUACAGCAUCACAGACAAGAUGAAGACAGUCGAACAGCUGGUUGAUAACUUAAAUAAAGUUGUCCUUCAGAAAACUCAGCGGCUGUGGUCUAGGCUCAGAGCAAUAAGUUUAGACCCAGAAUCAGCACAUCCUGAGUUGGAGGUGUCAGCAGACAGCCUGGAAGUACAAUGGAGUAAGAAACCAACCCCAGAGAGGAAACAGAAAACAAACAUCAGCUCUCAGUACAGCGUCCAGGCCAAGGAGAAAUUCUCCAGCGGCUCCCACUACUGGGAGGUGGCCGUCUGGAAGAAACCCUAUUGGUUGAUUGGUCUGUCAUAUGGAUCAGCUACUGGAGAUCCGGAUUCAGAGCUUUACAACGGUGACUUUAACAGUGCAUUCUGCUACAUCUAUCAUGGUAAUGGAAAAUAUCUCAUUUGUCAGAACUCAAAUGAAAAGCCACUGGUAGUAAGGAAAAAAAUCCAGAAACUUGGAGUUUGGAUAGAUAUCCAGAAAGGGAAUGUGUCUUUCUAUGAUGGCGAAACUCUGGCUUUGCUCCACUCAUUCUGUGUUGAAUUUUCUGGCCCAGUUUAUCCCAUCCUGAAUCCCUGUAUUGACAUAAAUGGACAAAACAGUCAGCCUCUUGCUAUUGUACAUCUAAGAAACCAAAAUAUUCCUCAAAGCACCUCACAAAAUGAUUGAAUCGACCUA